AUGGUGAAUUUCUAUCAUGACCUGGGGAUAAUUAUCAAGCACCGUAGCACAGUCAUCUUGAAUACCCAGUGGCUGAUAAACUUGUUCGGACAGCUGAUCACUCUUCCAGAUUUUACGAACAUGGUAAGAAAUGGAUUUUAAACGUGUUUUAAAACUUGCAAGGUUUAUUAUAGUCCGGUUUCCAACCGUGCUGUAGCUAAUAGAAAUAAUUAUAUCAAGUGCAUUGCCCGCUGUCUUUUUGAAAAUGUUAACUGUUCCUCAAAUAUUUGUAAACAGCAAAAUCGUAGUGGAUUGGGCUGCUAUUUAAUAUUUUCCCAGUGUAAACAAGUUAGGGUAGGCGAUGUAAUUCUGAAAUGAAAUCUUGUAGCAAACCUAUAACAACUGAAUUAGUACUAACGCCUGGUCAGCAGUCGUCCCUGUAAUCAACCCGCUAUAGUGACGUCACUAAGAGUAAACAUUACAACGAAACAUUUUCACUGCACUUUUUUAUUUGAACGUUGUAAUAUCCCAAGAGGAUUCUUGUUUCAAUUUCGAUGGACAUCAGGUAACGUCACGAGGUACCCGAUAACAGUAAGACAACAAUUUUCCCCUUUUCUAGGGUCAAUGAAAUUGGACAACCAAACAGACUGAAAAUAUAUAUUGUAUAUAGAGAGGAAGCCCGAAUUUUCCCCACCCAAACUGAUGCACGCGAGGAGCGAAUUGCGAAAAAUUUAUAACACUGCUCAACCUACACAAAAAAAACGAAGAAGUUUAGCUUUUACCAAGUAUUAUUGUCUCCUACGCUGACCUCCUCCUAGAUUACAAGUAGUCUCUUCCUCAGGAAUAGUGGAGCGAGCGAAUUACGCGAGCGCGCGUGAAAUUUGUCAACCCUCGAGGAAGGUGACAAACGCUCCUGUAUUCUAUUCGUAGUCUAUCCUCAGUAGUAUAUUAGGCGUAGAAUCAGCCUUUUUUGCGGUGGAAUCUUCGCUGGAAUACAUAAACGCCGAUGACGUCAUAACCUUUUGUCUUUAUCUCAUGAAUAAAAUGCGGUUGAAUCUCUUUAAAGGGCUAAAAAUAGCACACGACCUUAUCUUACGGCCAGUUUACGUCGAGGUGGAGGACUCUAGGUAGGUGAGGUAACACAGGCCUUAAGAUAAGGCCAUGAGCUAUUUUUAACCCUUUGGACAGGGUUUCCAGUUAUUUCUUGGUAGAAGAAGGUCUUGCUUUUUGAUUGGUUGACGACUACAUGUAAGAACUAGGAAAAGUAUUCAUUGGUUGAUUCAGGUUGUCGAAGGAAUAAGCGCUAACUCGCCUGUGACGUAGUUAUGCAAGUUACAUUUCAUACCGCUUUCAUUGUUCAAUAAGUUGUUCAGGUUUACUAUGCGCUCAAAUCGUUAAGUACGAAGCCACACUAGCCAUUUCUAUCACGAAAAACAUUUUUCCACUUUCCCACAUCCCUUUUUCCUUUUCCACAUUUCAUUGUUUCACAUUGUUUCCUUCCACCACAACAACCACGUUUCUAUUGUUUUCUCUAAGCGGGAGGUUAUGGUGAACGUUGUAAAGAAAAGAAAACUUAACUUCGUAAAUCUUCUAACGUGAUAGGAAAGAAUUGUGUGACGAACCAAACGGAAGGCUGCUUAGAGGGCUAUCCUCUUUACUUUUAUUCACACAGUAGUACUUGCUAGGCAGACUACGUAACUUUUUCUUUAUAUGCGUCCCCACACAAAAAAGGAAAACUCUAGAUCUUUUUCAUUGUUUGUUAAUUAAAAUAUUAAAUAAAAUAACCAACAUUUUACAAGUGCAUUAAUUAACUGGCUCAAAAUUCUCCCAAAAUAUCACUUUUUAAAGAAAACUUUGUUAUUGUCCUUCACCUUAUUCCGUCUUAGGUUCCUAAGGUUGCCAAGUACUGGAAGGAAGUCAAAGAAAGCGGUGUUCUCUCAAUGGAACUGGUUGAUCUUGUGUUUUCCAACUUUCUCCUGAAGGGUGUUGCCAGGAAAGACAUUCUUGAUUUGAUGGAACAAUUUGGAUUGAUUGCAAAAUUUUCAUCUUCAAAGAUAGGUGAAAAGUAUUUUGUUCCAUGUCAACUCAAUGUGUCACCUGAUUCUCUUUGUUCCAUGGUGCCCUCAAGGCUGGACCCUUGUCCCCUGUUUGUUUACUUUUUCAGCGGUUCUGUUCCCCAUGGUCUGUUCACUCGGCUUCUUUCUCGAUCUGUCCAUUGGUGUUCAGAGGCUGGUCCAACUCAAUCCCCUACCCUGUACCAAAAUGGAGCGUGGUUUGUUAUUGGGAAGCAAACUUUUCAUGAUUUUGUUCUUAUUUGUAAGAAGCAAUUUAUUAAGUUUUUUAUCAAGCAAAGAAACCACCCUCAGCAGAUCUCUGUGGAAAGCACAAGUGAGGUGGCGGUGCAGGUUCGUGAGUUUGUGGAGGCAACUUUGCAAACUUUGUCACGUGAUCUCUAUAAAGGUGGAUUGCAGUAUCAGAUUCGGGUCGCCUGUCCGUAUUGUCAGCGGGAAAAAUGCUCAAGGCAUAAUCAGAUUGCAUGUUCUCAUGAAGAUUGUCUUCACCUCCUUGAGUUAAAACAAGGUAAUCCUCUGAUUUGCAAAAAGAAACCUGCAGAGGAGAUACUCACAGUUACAGGGCAGCAAAAGUGGUUCUCACAAAUAGAACGUAAGGUAGGUAGCAGUAAAAUUCGAUCUCUAGCAGUGCUCUUAGCAUAUUACAUAUAGCAAGCGAAUACACAUACUACUAAUAAAAACUUAUGUCCUUAAAAGGUAGCCAUUGAUUUAAACUAAAAAGGCUUCAACAAAGUCUAUGCAUGUACUUUGUUAGGUUGUAGUAUGAUAUACAACGUAUGCCUUCAUUUAUCCUACCGCAAGCUUCUCUGCAGUGUAAUAGAAGGCUUUGUUGCUGUCAACUUAACGAACAUUGGUUCUUAAUAUCAUGUAAGUUGAUAAGGUCAAUUGGCUACCAUGUAUUACUAAUUGUUAUUGGCCUAUAGGCAUUAACCAGUAGUAUCUAACUUUUUCCCAAGUCUUUUUUAACGUGCUGUUUGCUUUGUGGUUGAGCAAUAAGUUUAUAGCAUCUAACGUGUUAACAUGUUUUGCAAACUUUCAUUCAAAAAGGUAGAAACCCCCAGAUGUAAAAUUUACAUUUUAUAAUAUGCAAUUUUGGUUGCUAUGCAGGAAGCGUGUACUUUAUCAUCAUCACCUGAUUCUGAACAAGCUCGUCCAGAGCGUCUGGUACUGAAAGUUACACUUCUCGCUAAUGAGUGGGGGUCGUCUAAGGGUGGCUUGUCAACAAUGAACAGAACUCUUGCCAUACAUUUGGCAAAAGACGCAAACGUAGAAGUCACCAUUCUUGUACCUGAAUUUGAGUGUGGCGAAGAGGAUAAGAGAGCUGCCAAACGUCACAACAUUUCCAUCCGGGAAGCAGGGCGCCUUCCUGCCUUCAGUGAUCCUCUUGACUGGUUGAGUUUUCCACCAGAUGACCUUGACAUCCAGGUUGUGAUCGGCCAUGGAGCAAAGCUUGGUAGACAAGCGCAAAUUGUCAGAAAGUCUCAUUGCUGCAAGUGGGUGCAGGUUGUUCACACUGAGCCUGAAGAGCUUGCGAUGCAUAAGAAAUAUCCAAGCGCCAUUGCGAAGGGAGAAGAGAAGAACAGAGCGGAAGUUGACCUUUGUCAAAUUGCAGAUCUCGUUGUAGCCGUUGGACCCAAGUUAAAAGAAGCGAUCGCGUGCAAGUUGCGUUCAUCUCAUCGAGACAUCUUUCAAUUAAUACCAGGUUCCUUUGCAGAGUUUCCAGAUAUUGAACAUGCUGCACAAGAUGGUGUAAAUUUCAGAGUAUUGACCUUUGGUCGCGGUGAUUUGGAAGACUUCAGUCUUAAAGGAUACGACAUUGCCGCUCAAUCCAUAGUUGAAUUGAAGGACAGUACUUAUAGCCUUGUUUUCGUUGGUGCUUCUGAUGGAAAGCAGGAUGAAGUCGCAGAACUCUUACUCCAAACUCGCAUUUCAAAGAACCAGCUGAUUGUGAGAUCAUUUGUGAAAGACAAAAAAAAGAUUGAGAGAGUUGUUUUGUGA